UUAUAUUUAUUUAUGUACAAUACAAAACAAAUAUGUAAAAUUUUCUACAAUUGUCUAUACAUAUGCGUUUUAAUAACACAUAUAUAAUCGUGUAUGGUACGUAUGACUAUGUAACUGUGUUUAGAAGCUGAUAUAUAUUAUGCGUUGUAUAUAUAUAUAUUGAUGUAUAUUAUCAUUUAGUGUAGUAUAUAUUAGAACGAUAUAUAGAUGCAUAGAGCAUAUAUAUUAGGGAUAUUUAAAAAACACAAAAACAGAAAGAGAGAAAGAAAAAACACUAAAAAAAGCAAACACAGUGUGAUUGUAUAUAUAGUCGUACAGAAUGUAUGUGAUUGUAUAUAUUAUUAGAAUGGAAAUUGGAAAUACGAUGAUAUGUAAUAUUUCGGAGAUAUUCUCAUAUCAUCUAGAUAAAGCUGAGGAUAGAACAGAGCAAAGAAAAGAACAAUAAAUUACACGAAGUACUUUUACACAUGAAGUUGCAGUAAUAAUGACCAGAUAAUAAAAAUGAAAGGUGCAACUUCAUACGUAUUCGCAUUUGCUUUUAUCGUCACUACACCGUUAAAUUUUGGUUUCUUUCGCUUUUGCAUAAAAAGAAGUGAUUUUUAAAUGUAACAUCGGCAUUCUCUUCCAUUUUGUAACUGAAAGUUGGACGUUCCGCGUUAACAACCUGAACAAAAUGCGCAGCCAACGUAUUGAAUUCGAACGUGAAUGGAGGACGAGAUCUGCGGAAACUGACGAACAGAAUUUUUCGCGAUGGGACGCUCAUAAGUCGACGACGGUGUACGAUUUAGUGUACAAUUACUUGCUCCAAUGCGCCGAGAGAGACAAAAAGUGUAAACAGCGAAACUGCGCGACCAAUAAAUUUCAGAGACAGCACGUGAGAAGAAGAGAAAUUGGCGGACGAGUCGCACCGACUCGAACGAAUUUCCGCGAUGAACGUUUCGAUGAAAAUAAAAGACAAUUCAAAUCGCGCGCGGAUAAAAACGCACUUUCCAGACGAAUAUUCCGAAGCUCGUCGAAGAAAAGUAUUGCCGAUUACACGAGAGCUGUUCGCGAUGGACGAAGGCAAGCGAAAUUGUACGUACGAGAAGCGCUUAUUUACGGUUUACAAUCUGGACUGUUGAUUUCGAAUGAUCGAAGAAACAAUAUACUACGUGUAUCGAAAAAGUUGGGAAUCUUUCCCACGAAAAGCGCGAAAGAAAACGAGGACGAUCGGUCGAGUGUCACAUCUAGAGAAUUUAAGUACAUUGUGCGAGACUGAUGAAAUUUGCUCGAUUGUAAUAAAUUUGAUUAACAAAUAAUUAGAACUGAUGAACAUCA